AAAAAACGCCUUCCGACUUCGGAGACCGACUGGUUCCGCGAUAAGACCCGCCGACUGCUUCGUCUUCGAAGAGAGGGGCUGUCAACCGUCCGAGAAGCCAUAGUCGAACUCUUGCAGGCGAAGGAAUCUGGGAAGGAGAAGAUGAAGCUCAACAGGCCGUGCGCGGUGAUCAUAAGCUGCGUCGUUCUGCUCUGCGCUGCGAGUCAGUUAGGGUUCUGCAGAGAAGAGGAAGGACAAGGUAUGCUAAGGAUGAGGACCUCGAGGCUCGGAGGGAUCCGCGAUAGCCUGGGGAACCAGAAUGGAGGCGUGAUUGAGAGCCUCGCUCGCUUCGCCGUCGAGGAGCACAACAAGAAAGAGAAUGCUCUUCUCGAGUUUGCCCGAGUUGUGCAGUCGAGGGAGCAGGUGGUUGCUGGCAAGCUGUACUAUCUGACCCUGGAAGCAAUCGAUGCCGGUAAGAAGAAGAUAUAUGAAGCUAAAGUAUGGGUGAAGCCGUGGAUGAACUUUAAGAAGCUGGAGGACUUCAAGUACUCCCAGGAUUCCCCUUCCUUCACCACUUCUGACCUCGGGGCUAAACUAGGUAUCCACAAACUCGGAUGGCGAGUGGUGCCAGUUCAUGACCCUGAGGUCCGAGAUGCAGCAAAUCAUGCUGUUAAGACCCUGCAGCAGAGGUCUAAUUCUCUGUUCCCAUACGAACUGCUAGAGAUCCUGCUGGCUGAGGCCGAGGUAAUUGAAAGAUCAGUGAAAUAUCAGUUGCUUCUGAAGUUGAAGAGGGGAAUGAAGGUCGAGGAGUUCAAAGUUGUUGUGCAUAAGAAUCGUGAAGGAAAGUAUUAUCUGAAUUAGAUACAUCGGGUGCUUCUGCGUCUGUUAAUAUCUUAGCAUGGAAGUUAAUAUCUGAAGACCGAAGCUGCAAUAAAUAUAGUUCUUUGUGAUGCUUUAAAAACCGAGAAACUGAUACAAAAGCUAGUGUCUGCCAACUUCUGUAUAUAAUGUAUAAGAAUGAUGUUAGCUCGUGUACCUUAUGCUUUUGUCAUAUGAUUUAGCUUUCGGGUGUCUUUGUAUAUUUGCUUUGCAAUAAUAUAAUAUUACGAGUUUACCCAUAAAGGCUCGAAUAAGAGGGAAUAUCGUCUCUCUCCUUCUGUUUGUUGUG